UAUGGGCAUGCGCUAGCGCCUCACGCUCUCUCCGAUUGGUUCGGCCAGGCAGAGCAGAAAAGUCUCCAACUUUAGCGUCGUGGGAGACCAAGCAGACGAAAGGAGACCGUCUAAGGGGCCUCGCAUAGUCUGGCUUUCCGGUAAGUGUCUUCGUUUUGCUCCUUUGUGCACCAGUUGAUUAGGGCCAUGGCUACAAAAAAGGUUAUAGCUAUAUGUCAAUCAGGAGGUGAGUUUGUGACGAAUAAGGAUGGAUCGUUGUCAUACAAUGGGGGUGACGCCUACGCAAUAGACGUCGAUUCACAGACGCCGCUGAAUCAUUUCAAGUCUGAAGUAGCAGAAACGUUCAAUUUUAAUGUAGAUACAAUGAUCAUCAAGUACUUCCUUCCCGGCAACAAGAAAACUCUAAUUACUGUGUCAAAAGACAAGGAUUUGCAGCGCAUGAUCAAUUUCCUGGGUGAUUCUGCCACAGUUGAUGUGUUCAUCAUAUCAGAGGAAGCACCAGCUCGAAAUACAUCUAAUAUGCCUGGUAGUAGGUCAAGCAGGACUACGGUGUCAGAAGCUGUUCCUGUUGCUGCCCCUGUUGAUGUUCCAGUUGAUACUGUCCAUGACAUUGAACAAAUUGAGGUGGAUGUCAAUGAUCGAGGUCCUUUAUCCUGUAUACCAUCCUGCGCCAUGGAUGACAAGCAUCAAAAGGCUGCUCAGCAGUGGGAAAAUACCAUCACUGGUGUGGAUCAAAGGUUUAAUAGUUUUAGUGAAUUCCGAGAAGCAUUGCAUAAAUACUCUAUUGCCCAUGGGUUUGCUUACAGAUAUAAAAAAAAUGACAGUCAUCGUGUCACUGUGAAGUGCAAAUCUCAAGGUUGCCCUUGGAGGAUCUAUGCAUCAAGGCUGACCACCACCCAAUUGAUUUGCAUUAAGAAAAUGAACACAAAACAUACUUGUGAGGGGGCUGCUCUAAAAGCUGGGUAUCGGGCAACUAGGGGUUGGGUGGGAAGUAUCAUAAAAGAGAAAUUAAAAAUCUCUCCUAACUAUAAGCCAAAGGAUAUUGCAGAUGACAUAAAGCGUGAGUAUGGGAUUCAGUUAAAUUAUUCUCAAGCAUGGCGUGCAAAAGAGAUUGCCAGAGAGCAGCUACAAGGCUCCUAUAAAGAGGCAUAUACUCAACUCCCAUUUUUCUGUGAGAAGAUAAAAGAGACUAAUCCUGGGAGUUUUGCAACAUUUACAACUAAAGAGGACUCAAGCUUUCAUCGUUUGUUCAUAUCAUUUCAUGCCUCAAUAUCUGGUUUCCAGCAAGGUUGUCGUCCUCUCCUUUUUCUUGAUAGUACUCCUUUAAACUCGAAGUACCAAGGGGAUUUAUUGUCUGCAACAGCUGCAGAUGGGAAUGAUGGCAUCUUUCCUGUAGCAUUUGCUGUUGUAGAUGCUGAGACUGAGGACAACUGGCGUUGGUUUCUGCAGGAGCUAAAAUCAGCACUAUCAACAUCUGAGCAAAUAACAUUUGUUGCAGACUAUGAGAAAGGCUUAAAAAGAUCUCUGGCUGAGAUAUUUGAAAAAUGUUACCACAGUUAUUGUUUACGUCAUCUGUCCGAAAAACUGAACAAGGACUUGAAAGGUCAGUUCUCUCAUGAGGCAAGACGCUUCAUGGUUAAUGAUCUUUAUGCUGCUGCUUAUGCACCCAAAAUGGAGGCUUUUGACCACAGUAUUGAGAACAUUAAAGGUAUUUCUCCUGAAGCCUAUGACUGGGUCAUGCAAAGUGAGCCUGAGAACUGGGCAAAUGCAUUUUUUGCUGGAGCUAGGUAUAAUCAUCUAAUAUCUAAUUUUGGACAUCAAUUCUACAGUUGGGUGUCAGAGGCGCAUGAAUUGCCAAUUACUCAAAUGAUUGAUGUAUUACGAGGAAAGAUGAUGGAAGCAAUUUAUACACAACGUGUGGAGUCCAAUCAAUGGAUGACAAAAUUGACCCCAUCCAAAGAGGAAAUGCUUCAAAGUGAAUCUUCAGUUGCACGAUCAUUUCAGGUGUUGCUCUUACAAGGUAGUACAUUCGAGGUCCGUGGAGAAUCUGUUGAGAUUGUUGAUGUUGACCAUUGGGAUUGUAGCUGCAAGAGAUGGCAAAUUUAUGGGUUGCCUUGCUGUCAUGCCAUCGCUGUCAUUGAAUGCAUUGGUAGAAACCCAUACGAUUAUUGUUCCAGAUACUUCUCUGUUGAGAAUUACCGGUUAACAUAUGCAGAAUCUAUUCAUCCUGUGCCCAGUGUAGACAGACCAGUCUUUGAUUCAGGCACAAUAGUAGCUGUAACCCCUCCACCAACAAAGCGACCUCCAGGUCGGCCAAAGAUGAAGCAGGCAGAAUCAGUAGACAUAAUUAAACGUCAGCUGCAGUGCAGUAAUUGCAAGGGACUUGGUCACAAUAAGAAAACGUGCAAAUUAUUGUUAGAAGCAUGACAACAUUAGGGAAUAUUUAUUGAAGCAUAAUGCACUGCACGCCAUGAGUGAUGAAAUCAACAAUGGAAGAAUUGAACACGAAAAGGACAUGGUUUAGUUGCUGUCUUGGUUUUACUAGUCUUCAAAUUCAUCUGCUGGCUAUGCACAAAUUGUCGGAUUGAGAUUCUAGAAAGGUGUUCUUCAUCCUCCGAAGUCGCUGGGCUUUAUCUGGCUGAGAUUUAAUAACUUCCUUUUGAUGAAGUAUAUAUAUUGUGCAUACUACCAAGGAGGAACCUGGCCACGAGUUACAGUGCAGGCAUUUCUUGUCUCUAAUUUAUCUUUGCACUCUCAAUUUAUUUAUUCAAUGAAAAGCUCGUUGUCUCUGAAGAUAUGCUUAUGUUUUGGGAUUUGAAGUCUUGUCAAUCUUCAAAUUUGGAGUAGAUUUAGCAUGUGAUGUUCUCAUUAUCCCAUCUUGAAAUGCAAAAUAUGUUAAAUCGUUGAGCUUUUC